AUGAUCCGUAUUCACGAGCCAGGCUUUGGCGUGUCGUUUGGUUAUGCGGCUGAUAUAAUCAUCGGCGAGAAGAACGAGAUGGUACUCAUCAUGAUGGAUGUGUUGACAGACGGAAGCGUCGACUUUGCAAUCCUCCGAGAAGUGAAAAAUCCUGUUCAGGAGCUCGCUGAUUAUUAUGAUGAUGAAGGUCAGGUUGAGAAGACUGAAAUGUAA